AAAAUAAUCGUCACGCAAGUAAAAUGGCGUUUUGCUAGCUCACGUUUCAUAUCGGUCCGGUGUUUUUCACAUCAUAUUUUGAGUAAUUUACGAUAGCCAAAACGCGAUUACAAUUAAAAUUGAAAAGCUUAGGGUAUUUGCCGUUGAUUAAGUUUGUGCUAUCAAUCUCGGCUAGUGAUUUUCAAAGGAUUUCGUGAGUAUAAAAGAGGCGGUGCGACUUUGGGGGUGCGGAGUGCGUCCUACAACUUUAAAACGUUGAGCCCGAAAAUCUCUAGGAUAACAGGUGACACAGUGAGCUAGCGAGAUGAUAGUGACGGUGAAGAACUUACAACAUCACACGUUCACGGUGGAGAUCGACCCAACGAAAACGAUCAAGGACCUAAAACAGAAGAUCGAGGAUGAACGAGGACAUGAUUAUCCUGUGGAGAAUCAGAAACUCAUCUACGCAGGUAUGGUCCUGAGCGAUGAUCGGACGAUAGAGUCAUAUAAUAUUGAUGAGAAAAAGUUCAUUGUGGUGAUGGUGAAAAUUGUGAAAACCCCACAACCAGCGCCCGGUUCAGGUUCCACUAGUGAUAAGACAGCGACUAGCCAAUCCACAACAGCUACAACGACAUCACAGGCCGCGGCGACCGAGUCGAAAACGGGACCUAAAACGGAUGGAGACACAAAAACCACAACCCGCCCUGAAACAACGACCUCGUCGAGGACACAGCCUGCAUCAAGUACAUCGACAACGACAACGGCCGGUAGCGGUACCAGUACCAGUGCACAGGCAGCCGCUGAAUCAGCUUUAAUAAUGGGUCCUGAAUAUGAUAAAAUCGUUGAAAAUAUUAUGGAGAUGGGAUACUGUCGGGAGGUUGUGGAAGAAGCUCUUCGGGCAAGCUAUAAUAAUCCAGAUCGAGCUGUGGAAUACUUACUUAGCGGAAUACCUGAGACGAAUGUAGCAGACACGGAAUUGGACACAUCGGGACGAACGACAGGUGGAACUGGUGGAAGUACUGGCGAUGAUAGUAGUUCAGAAAGGCGUAGUGGCGAUGGUUCCGAGGAUCCAUUGGCAUUCCUUAGAAAUCAACCGCAAUUUCAGCAGAUGCGCACAUUAAUCCAAGAAAAUCCUGAAUUUCUAAAUGCUGUACUUCAACAGAUUGGACAGACAAAUCCUGCCUUGCUACAACUAAUCUCGGAUAAUCAGGAUUCAUUUUUGAAUAUGCUUAAUGAACCGCGUGGUGAUGCAGCGCCAGCAUCUCGGCCCGAAAGUGGUGGUGGCGGCGGGGGUGGUAAUGUGGCUGCUGCAACUGGUAUGCCUGGUUCGGGUAAUGUAGGGGCUGGAUCAGAAGGUGAUACAGUUAGUGCUGCAAUUACUUUAACGCCACAAGACCGAGAUGCUAUAGAUAGGCUUAAAGCUCUUGGCUUUCCCGAGCAUUUAGUACUGCAAGCAUAUUUUGCCUGCGAAAAAAACGAAAAUUUAGCCGCAAAUUUUUUGUUGUCUCAUCCAUUUGACGAAUAAAAUCAAAAGAAUAGUGAAUAGAGUUACGCGACAGCAGAACUUAAAAAAAAAAAAUGAAAUUAAACAAAAAAAUGAUUUUUAGAUAUUACAAAAAUCAAAGAAAAAUGAAAAAUUGCCGAGUCUAAUGCAAAUAUUGAGUAAAGCAGCAAAAGCAAACAAUAUAUGUAUAUAUAAUAUCAUAUGAUCCAAAAAACAGCCUUGAGAAUACCAGUUGCAGUCGUCGUGGAAAUUUAAUGCCCGCGUCAACCCCUGUUUUCCUUAUAUAUCUCCUUGUUCUGUUUCUCGAAGGAAAAACCAUUUGAUUGUAUUCCUUUAAUUUUCCCCCAAGUCACAGCUAUUCAUAUUCGUCAUAUUGCGCUGUCCUUCAUUCGCUACUGCUGUCCAUAUAGUUUUACAAUGUUAUAUUCACCUUUCCUUCCUAUUGUCCCCUCCUUUCCUACAUUAUUCCUUCUAGUUAACAUUAUUUUUUUAUAUAUAAUAUAAAAGCAUACGAAAAGGGUGAUUUCUCGUGAACUGAUUUGUGUUUGAAUUGAAGAAAAAAAAUAAAAUAAAAAUGGAAUUUAA